GUGAGCGAUGACGUCACAUAUUUAAGGAGUCUGGGAUUCAGGCUCCACAGUUUCCUUGGAUGAGUCGGAGAAGUCCGGAGGUGCCUUUUUGUAGCGGACGCAUCCUCUCUGGAGCAGAGCUUUGAGAAAGGUUCUAAGACGAUGAUGGAGUUUGCGCCUCUUACUCCUUUCUAUAUCAUGAAUACAACAGAUUUCAUUGGAGGAAAUGGUUCUUUGUAUGAUGAGGAGGAGGAGGAGGACUACAAGGACGAGCAUCCUCAGCUGAGACAGUCUCUUAACAUCAUGUCUCUCAUUGUUUACUGCCUGGCCUUCUUUCUUGGUGUGCUUGGGAAUGGAGUGGUUAUCUGGGUGACCGGGUUCAAGAUGAAGAAAACAGUUAACACAGUUUGGUUCCUCAACCUUGCUGUGGCCGACUUCCUCUUCACAGCAUUCCUGCCUCUGGGUGUGACAUACACAGCCAUGGAUUUCCACUGGCCUUUUGGUAAUUUCAUGUGCAAACUGAACAGCACCAUAAGCUUUCUGAACAUGUUCGCCAGUGUCUACAUCCUGGUGGUGAUCAGUGUGGACAGAUGUGUGUCUGUGGUGUGGCCCGUCUGGGCCCAGAACCACCGGAGCGUACGCAGGGCGUCCUACGUGAGUCUGGGUGUUUGGGUACUGGCUCUGAUUCUCAGCGCUCCAAACUUCAUCUUCAGGGACACCACGCCAUCAAAUUCUAAUGAAGACGCCAUCAGAUGCUUCAACAACUUCGCUCUGUCAGAUGAUUAUGACACAGAAUCUGUGAAACAGCUGCGACACUUUCGUCAUCAGGCCAUGAUCAUCACCCGCUUCAUCCUGGGAUUUGUUGUCCCCUUCACUGUCAUUGUCUCCUGCUAUGCUGUGAUAAUCCAUCAUCUGAGGAGGAACCGCACCCUGGCCAACCAGUCAAGUCGACCCUUUAAGAUUAUCGCUGCCGUCAUCACCACUUUUUUCCUGUGCUGGGCGCCUUAUCACAUCAUGACUCUAAUUGAGAUGGUUCAUCACACAACUGAUUCUUCAAAUGAAAUAUUAUACCAUGUCACCGCUAUCGGCGUCCCUAUAGCCACCAGCCUGGCCUUUCUCAACAGUUGCCUGAACCCCCUGCUGUAUGUGUUCAUGGGCCAAGAUUUCAAAGAUAAAGUCCGCAAAUCCAUCCUGAAUGUUUUGGAGACUGCCUUCCAGGAGGAGGUUUCUCGCUCGUACACCUACACAAACUCAAUGGUCACCAGUCGCAGUAAAGAGAAGUCUGCUUCCUUUUCUGAUGCUGAGGUAUAAGGUUGCUCACGAAAUGAAUAAACAAAUACUGUAACUGUACAUAUCAAAUGUAAACUGUAUAUAACAAAUAAUUUUUGUAGCUUUCAAGGGCCCUCAAGACAAUUUCUAUACAUGAUAUGAGAUUUUUAUAUGAGAUAUUUCUCAUAUUACAGUUUGAUUGAUAUGAGUUUUGUGAUUGGCUUACUGUUCAGAUCCACAAAAAGAUAUCUUCCUCUUAACUACACUUGUAGUUAAUUGUACAAUGAGUUGUUGAUGAGUUUGUGAUACAUUUGUGGAGAAGGGAAAUGUUUUAGAUGAUGAUAAGGUUUAUUUAUAUAGCACGUAUCCAAACUAGAGGUUUCAUGUGCUUUUUGUAGGAAAAUAAAGAAAGAACAGAAGGAGAAAAAUAUACACAUAUAUGUUACAUACAGUAUGUAUUUCAUACACACCUUAAGCAACUUGCCUACACACAAAAACAAUAAAUUAAUCCAAACUUAAUCACAUAAAAAGCAAGUGUCUGCAUUUAUCUUUUGAGUACAAGUGGUGCUUCUUCAUUUUGCAGUCCUGUUGUUAGCAUUGCAUGGUGUAAAGCUGAAUUUGUGCAACACAAGCAAGACAAGCAAGACAACACUGCUGUGGUUUUAGACUAACAAAGGGAACUUUGUGUGCCUCAACCGUCUCGUGCACCCCAGGUGUUGAUAUAGAACAAGUACCAAUGGUUUAUAAGUCUUAACCUUUUUAGAAAAUAUCUGGCUCAACAUGUAAAUAACAUAGUAGUAAAGGUAUUUUGACUAAUAACACCAUGCUUUUUUCUGUACAGCAUAGUAGGCUGUAAAGUAACGUAUGGAGGAGUUUUUACUGAAUAUAAAAUACGAGGUGAAAUACUGUUGUGAAAGAGCCUCAUAGAAUGUUGAUUUCCCAACUUCCCCCUCAAAUCCAACUUACUUCCAGUGAUGCCAUCAUGUGUGUGACAACAUUGGGUACACAACUGUGUGUUGCAACGCAGCAGAAACUGAUUCUGAUGACUUUGGACAGCUACAUGUCUGCUGCACGCUUUGAUUAUUAAGAAUGGGCUACUGAUAGCCUAAUAAAUAAAUAUGUUACUGACAACGGGAUUAUUAUGGGUAAAGUAACAGCUGCAUCAUAAACUUGCAUUGUAAAACUUAGUUUGAUGUUUUGAUAAUUGUUAGGUGUUCUUUGAGGGGACGUGUAUGAGCCCUCCACCCUGAGUACUUCCAUGUUGUGCUAUAAUCUGAGAAUUUUUAAUGUUUUCUUUAAGUUUACUAUCAUGAAAGACAAAACCAAUACUCACAUUUUAAAAAGCAUGAAUCUGUGGAUUUUUCACAUUGUUGUUCAGCAAAAUUAACAUGAAAUAUAAAUCCAUUAUCAAAACUGUUGCAGAUAAAUGAUUUGACUAACUGAAUGGAGGAAAAAAUGGAAAGACACACUUAUAGUAUGUACUGUAUGACGCUGGUUUAUGUGGCAUAUUGUGAUGUAAUAUGAACGUCUCCAUGAAUUACCUAUUCUAAUAUAAACAAUGUAAAUGAUAAUAAUUCUAAUUCUAAUUAUUAUUAUUAUUAUUUCAGCCUUAGAGGUCAACUCUUCUCAGAGUUCAUCAAUGAUGAUAAUUAUGAUGACUGUUAUUAUUAUUCUUGUUGUUACCAUUAUUUCCAUUAUUAAAAUAUUAUUUGGACUUUA